AUGGCUGACGAUACCCUUGUUGAAGACCCUAAAUUCUACACGCUGGGAAGAGAUCUCGCUAAUACGGAGAAGAGAGUGCGAGACAAAGCGGUAGAAACGAUUCGAAGAGACAUUAUCAGAAUCCAACAAUGCACGGAGCUUGAAAUGAUGAAGUUAUGGAAGGGUUUGUUUUACACCUUCUGGAUGUCUGACAAACCGUUGGUGCAGGAAGAAUUAGCAAUCGUGCUAAGCGAAAUGUUGUUUGAAUUCCGCUCAGAAGAGCUUUCUUGGAUGUACAUCGUUUGCUUCUGGAAGACAAUGAUCCGUGAAUGGGGUGGCAUCGACAUGCUGCGUAUGGAUAAGUUCCUUCUUUUAAUUCGCAAAUUCACAAAUCAAACGUUCAGCUUCUUAGAGCAAAAGCAAUGGAAACAAUCACUCGUUGAGCAGUACCAGUCGUUGGUGAACACGACAGUGUACAAUGAGAAGUCCAUUGGACUGUUUUCUCAGUAUUGCGAGUGUUUCUUGGAUGAGUUGCACAAACAGAAUCCACACAUCUCCAGUUACGACUUUAUGAAUUUGAUUCGCCCCUUCUUCCACAUUUUAGAGAUCGAUGCCUCUCGCCUUGUCGUUUAUGGUAUCAAGGAGCGCGUCUUUUUGUGCAUUCUUGACUCCUACGAAACCUACCGUGAAAGUUUGUAUUUCGCUUCUAUCCUCACAACUAGAGGGAGAAAGCGAAGAAAAACCCGCUUUCGAGAACAUUGA